AUGAGUGAAAAAAGAGAUCAGGCACAGGAGGCUUUCAGGAAGUAUUUUGAGAUUCCUCAGAAUCAGAGGAACGGGGAUGCGUGGUUCACGAAAACUAUAGAGAAUGAACUUCGUGCCGUGGGUGUUGGGACUAACGACAUCGCCACGAUUUUGGUCACACUUCAUUGGGCUAUAAACACAAACACACGCAAAACCGCCUUCUGGGUGCUGACGUACCUCCUCUACAACCCAUCCCAUAUCGAACCACUCCGAAGGCAGACAGCUAACGCAUUUGUUGGAGACAAACUUUUUGAGACGUUACGGAUGUCAUCGAAUGCUGCUUCUGUGCGGAAUGUGAAUAAGGACACUGUUAUAGGAUAUAAACAUCUUCGUAAGGGGAAUCGGAUCAUGAUUCCGUACCGACUCCUCCAUUUUGAUGAAUCCGUCUAUGGUCCCGAUGUCUAUUCAUUCAAACCCGAACGCUUUGCAGGCUCAAACGCCGAGAAACUGACUCGUGGAGAUAGCUGGCGGCCAUUCGGCGGAGGCAAAACCAUGUGCAGUGGUCGUCACAUUGCAAAGUGUGCCACACUCAUGUUCCUGUCUCUUGUGCUGCGCAAGUUUGAUAUUGAGAUUGUAGGGGGGAGGAAGAUGCCUGCUCCGGAUCUGGGUAGGCCUGUGCUUGGGAUUAUGGCUCUUAAGGAUGAUCAGGAUUAUACCAUGAGGAUUUCUGAGAGAGCCCUAGUUUUAUAA